CAACACUACUAUAUAACAAAUAAUUUGAGGACAGUAGAAUGUCUAGCGAAUCUCCCCCUUCCAAAAGACAAGCAACUGACAAAAAGGUUGGUGCGACAGGGUUCAGUGAUGAGAAUGUGAGCAUGAACAAGCAGCUGCCAGAUAUCAUCAUGGCUAAUGAAGAUGAACAGAACGGACAUUUCGUCUCAAAGGAGAAAGCUAUCUUCAAGAAUCUGGAGUACAGUUCAGCAAAGGAAUCAGAUGCUGCUGCCAUGGCGUGGAUCAACUCACAGAAACUAGGAGACUUUGUGAUGAACAAGAUGAGUCCUGGAUCAGGAGAAAUGUUGACGGUUACCAACAUCUCCACUGAUAAAUUGAUCACACACAUCCCAACAAACGGGGGGAGUAUUGCUGAAGCGAUGAAAGGAGCUAGGGAGGCUAAGGAAGGGUGGGGUAAGAUGCAGGGUCACAUUCGAGCCAGACACCUUUACAGUGUGACGCGUGAAGUACAGAAGCAAGGUAAACUCCUCGCUGUAAUGGAGUGUAUCAGUACCGGAGUGGCUAUACGCGAGUGUAAGAAUGUUAUGUUAGCUGACCUGGUCCAGACUCUCUACCACUUUACUGGGUGGGCUGAACUCUCCUCUCCUGAAGUGAAGGAUUGCCAGUCACAUGGUAUUGUAGCUGUAUUGCUACCUGAAGUAGCUACCCUCACACAGAUAGCUCAACAGGUGGUACCAGCCCUAGCAGCUGGUAACUGUGUGGUAGUAUCUCCAGCAGCCCCCCUCCCUGCCCUACUAUUUGCUGGCCUGUGUGUCACUGCUGGCCUUCCUUCUGGUGUUUUAUCUGUUGUUAUUGGAGAAGAGGCUAGACAGGCUCUGUUAUCAGACAGGAAUGUUGCAAUGUUGAGCGGAUCUCUGUCCAGUAAGGAAGAAUGCAGAUCAGUUGUAAACUCUUUACAAUAUCCGAUCCCUGUAUCUCUGUCUCAAGUUGGCAAGAGCUCCAUGAUAGUCUUUAGUAACAGUGAUAUUGACAGUGCUGUAGAUUGUCUUGCUGACAAAGCUUUCUACGCUUCAGGUCAGGCAUAUGAUAGUGUUGGCAAAGUACUUGUGCAGACUUCGUGCUAUGAGAAGUUCUGUAAACGAUUGGAGAAGAAAAUCUCCAAAUUGAGAGUUGGCAAUGCCAUGGAUCAUUCAAACGAUAUCGGAGCUACUGCUUCAAAAAAUAUUACUGCUAUCAAAGAAGUUGUAUCUCUCAACACCCAUCUCUCUCAGUUCAAAAGCACCUCCGCACUCCCCUCAGAAGGCUCGUUCCAGAUUCCAACUGUACUUCUAGACGUUCAACCCAGCAAUGAUAUCUGGGAUGAAGCAAUGUUGGGCCCUCUUGUUAAAGUAGCCUCCUUUAGAACGACUAAAGAAGCUGUAGCGAUUAUUAAUCACUCUAAACAGGGUGUAGGUUGUUCUGUUUGGUCCGAGAAGAACAGUCUUAUUAUGCAGCUGACGAAGCAGUUGAACGUUGGAACAGUAUGGGUGAACUGUCACGGAAUUAGAGAAUCUUCCAGGCCUUCUCAGUACAGGAACUGUACAGGGUCAGUACAGUGUGGAGGGGUGGACCUUCUGAAACUAUACAUGGCUCCUUCAGCUUCUCCUAAACACUCUUUCUCUGAUGAGAAGAUAGAUCCUAAUCUGGUUAAGAACUUUGGAAAAGCAAGCCCUCCUGCUCUUCCACUCGACAAACCUACAGUUGAUCCAGAGGAGAGUGUGAACAGGACGAUAAAGUUGUUUAUAGGAGGAGCAUUGAAGCGCUCUGCAAACGACUCGUACAGAGAGGUACGCAGUUCAACAGGAACAGUACUGGGCUCUUUACCGGAUGCUACUAAAAAGGAUGUCAGAGAUGCAGUGGAGGCUGCCGCUAAAGCCUUCCCCGGUUGGUCAGGGAAAAGCGGGUACAACAGAUCUCAAAUACUCUACUUCUUGGCUGAAAACAUCUGUCGACGGAAGGAGGACUUUGCUGAGGUUAUUGCUCAGUCUACGGGCAGGAAAUACGACGAUGGAAUGCAAGAGGUAGAUACGUCACUACAGAGACUGUUCAUGGCAGCAGCCUGGGCCGACAAGUUCGCUUCCUCUCCCUGGGAGCAGAAGGACCCAGUUGGUGUGAUUGGGAUCACAGCACCUGCUCAGUGGCCCAUGUUGGGACUCUGCUCUCUGCUCGGCCCUGCUAUUGCUGCUGGUAACACUGUGGUUGUGCUGCCUAGUGACAAGUUCCCUCUCGUGGCUGCUGAUCUCUGUCAGGUGAUAGCGACUAGUGACAUUCCUGGAGGAGUAGUGAACAUGGUGUACGGCUCUCAGUCACCUCUCUCACUUACUCUAGCUCAACACCAACACGUCCAGGCUGUCUGGUACUUCGGAUACCCUGAAGGUUGUCACGUGAUGACGAAAGAAGGAGUAGAGAACAACAAGCAGGUAUGGAGUGAGGAGUACGAUAAGAGGAAGUGGAACAGUCUUGUACAGGGUACAGGCUACACCAUCAACAACCAUUGCUACAACAACAAGGUGGUUAUCAUGCCUGCCGGAGACUCGUUCGCUAACUAGUCUAUCAGGAACUUCAACCUAGUGAUAGAGACUUGAACCUAGUGGUAUGGACGUGGACAUAGUGUAAAGGACUUGGAAUUAGGAAUAGGGACUUGAACCUAGUGGUGGGGAUUUCUCCCUAGUGGGAUGAUGUUAUAGUAUUAGUGUUGUGUGUAUGAUCUCACCUACGCUCCCUUAGAGUGGAGCAAGUUUUUACGUUUAAUAAAUGUUUGUAUUUUAAACACAGGUAAUAAUUACAUCAUAGAACCUGAUUAUUUCCACAGGUAUUUAAAUUAUUUUAAAUUAUUCGCUUAAUAAAUUAUUACCAAUUUAAAAGUUGAUUUAUAGUCUUCAGACGUGCACAAAUAUUUUGUAUAUCUAACUUAUUAAAGCAGCGAAAGCUGCGGAAGAUUUCCAAGAUGAUUACACAAUUUUAAUUUAUACAUUUAAUACAUGCUGCAAACUCUGCGGGAGUUGUCGAUUUUUUCCACCAAUGAUUAAUUUGCGGUUGUCGGAUAAGAUGCUUUCUUUGUAAGGUUUGAUUUUGAUAGUGGUAGAAUUACUUGAUCAGCAGAGUGUGAUUUUUGACAAAUAUAAUAUUAAUGUUGGAGGAGUAAGCGUUAAUGUCUUAUGUUCCAUUCAUCAUAUUUUAA